AGACAGAUUGGCUCUUCUGGCCGUCAAAUAUGAUUGAAAGGUUUCAGUUCUUGUCUUUGGUAUGCCUUGUGGUCUCAACUGUGGGGGUCCACAGCCAGAAAGAUCCCAAUGUAUGGGCUAAUAGAAGCGCUAUUGUGCAUCUUUUCGAAUGGAAAUUUGAAGACAUCGCCGAGGAGUGUGAGAGAUUCCUCGCCCCGAAAGGCUACGCUGGUCUUCAGGUGUCCCCCGUUCAGGAGAACGUCAUAGUGAACUCACCCAACCGGCCGUGGUGGGAGAGGUACCAACCAAUUUCUUUGAAGAUUGUUAGUCGCUCAGGAAAUGAGACGGCCUUCAGGUCCAUGGUCAGUCGCUGCAACGCAGUUGGUAUCAGGGUGUACGUAGAUGUUAUACUGAAUCACAUGACCGGUAACCAUGAGAAAGCCGUUGGUGUUGGGGGCUCAUCAGCCGACACAUUCAAUUUCGACUACCCAGCCGUGCCUUUUGAGCGCAACGAUUUCAACCAGCCCACGUGCGGCAUCGACAAUUACGCCGACCCCGUAAAUGUUCGUAAUUGUGAACUUGUAGGUCUCCAUGACCUGAACCAAACGGAGGCUGAUGUGCGAGAGAAGUUCAUUACAUUCCUCAAUCUACUGGUGAACUGCGGAGUGGCGGGCUUCAGGGUUGACGCUGCCAAACAUAUGUGGCCAAAGGACCUGCAAUACAUAUAUAGUCAAGUGGACAACCUGCAGACUUCCCAAGGAUUCGACCCGGGAAGCAGGCCGUUCAUCUACCAGGAAGUCAUUGAUCUGGGUGGCGAGGGAAUACAUAUUUCAGAUUACACUGGUUUCGGCCGUGCCACGGAGUUCAAGUACAGUUCUGAGAUCGGAAAUGCUUUCCUAGGAAACAAUCCCAUUAAGUACCUCAGCAACUUCGGUGAAGCCUGGGGAUUUGUCGGAAGUGGAGACGCUCUUGUUUUCGUCGAUAACCACGACAACCAAAGAGGAGGAGCAAAUAUACUGACAUACAAGCAAGCCAAAUUAUACAAAAUGGCGGUUGCCUUCAUGUUGGCGUAUCCAUACGGCUACCCGCGAGUUAUGUCCAGCUUUUAUUUCAAUGACUUCGAUCAAGGUCCUCCCCAGGACGCGAAUGGCAACAUUCUCUCUCCUAUCAUUAACAGCGACGACACCUGUGAUAAUGGGUGGGUUUGUGAGCACCGCUGGAGACAGAUCUACAAUAUGGUGGGCUUCCGGAACGUCGUGGCAGGAACUGGUAUGAAUGACUGGUGGGACAACUGGGACAAACAAAUCGCUUUUUGCAGAGGUGACAAAGGUUUCAUCGCUUUCAAUGACCAAUAUAAUGUGGACUUCAAAGAGUCAUUACAAACCUGUCUCCCUAAUGGGACCUACUGUGACAUUAUCUCUGGUUCCAAGUCUGAAAAGGGCUGUACUGGAAAGUCUGUUACUGUGGAUGAGAAUGGAAAAGCGUACAUUGAAAUUCUUCACGAUGAAUAUGAUGGAGUGCUAGCAAUUCAUGUUCAGUCAAAGCUGUAAAUCAAGAUGGCGGAGGAACAUGUACAAGAAGAUGCGUUACUAGUAAGAAUAAAAAAUAAUUCAGCACUUUCAUUCCUCUGGUUUCAGUUUAAUAACAGUAUCAUGUAGGCCUACGCAUGUUUGCUAGGUGCUAGCUUGGCCAUCAGCACAACAAUCAGUAAAUGAAAGAGAUGUUAACGUGUUGAUACAGGUGCUACACAUACUUUGUAAUUGUUCUUUCAAUAAAAUGUUAAAUCUCCUA